AUGGCGCCCUUGAUCCUCCACAACGUCCCCGAUGACGAGCUCUACGUCGGUGACGACGGCAUUCAAAGACCUUAUGCCAUGGUGUUCCCACACCAAGAUGGUCCCCGCUCGAGAAGGACAGUCCAUGAGACAGGCUCCUUCGGCAAGUCAACACGUCGGUCGCGGUCCAAGACAGCAACGCCAGCCAGGAGGGAAGAUGCCACGAUAGCCGCCGCCGACCGUGUAUUCUCGAACUACCUCGCGAACCUGAACCCAGACCAGAAUCUCACAGCCGCCCAAAGGAAACAGUCUCUCAUACCAUCCUCCCUCGGCGAUGAGAACGCCGCGCCCACCCAACUGUCUAACAAACACCACCCGACCGAAGUCAUACUACGCGGCUAUCGCUCCGUCUCGCACCAGUACGCCGCCAUCAACCACUACGAGGAGCUCGCCGGGAGGAUAUGCGAGGAUUACCCACGCGACCCACCGCCCGAGAACAGGCGGUACAAGUCCGAACUGCGCGACCCUCUCUAUGCGCGAAGAAGGCCCUUGACUGCCGAAGAGCGCGCACUAGUCAACAGAGUCGACGGCGGCGAGCACUGGGUGAAGGUGACGUUUGAAUCCGCCGAGGCCGCCGAAGCAGCCAUGAUUGCCUCUCCCCAGGCCAUCCUCGGCCACCUCGUUUUCGCCGAACCGUACGAUGGCGUCCCACCCGCCCGCGACGAAGCCGUACCAGACAACGCCUCCUUCAUCAGCAACGGCGUCACUCCCGCCGCCACAAACAACCGCCGCGCUUCAUCUGGUCAACAACCACGCUCCCGUGUGACCAUGACUAACCCCUACACCUCCUACCUCGACAGCAACGGCAACAACCAAUCCCCUUCCUCCUCCCGCACCGCCGAUACCGGCACUAUCUCCGACACCUCCAGCGCAACCAUCACCUCGGCGGCCAUGGGCGCCGUAGCCGGCGCCUUCACGCACGGGCUGGACUCGCUCGCGCACUCGACCGCGGGCGGUGCCCACCAUUUGUCUUCGGUAGUCGACGCCCAGGAUCCGGACAGCGAGUUCUGCCGGGCAAUCCCGACGGUGCGCAAGGCUAAGCUCCUGCCCGUCGACCAGGCGCUGCUUCCUGCUCCUUCGUACACGCAGCGCGUGCUGAACCACGUGCCGCUCUUCAAGUGGUUUAGUGGGAACAUGAUUGGGAACGAGGUGCCGAGGAAGGAGAACGGCGAGUUUGAUUGGGAUCGGGCGAGCUUGUACUGGAAAUUGAUGUGGUGGUUGGAUGCGAGGUUGUGCUUGUUUAGGGGGGAGGUGUUGAGUGCUGAUAAGGAUGAGUGAGCUGGUCAGGAAGGGCGUUGGGCUGGGUGGGAGGUGGACGUAUUGGCAAAAGGCGUGAUGGAUGGAUGGUUGGAUCAUGAUAUUGACCAUGGGGGAGAAGGUUGCUGUUAUACGUUAAGCAUCGAUAGCGGCGGUGGUGAUGGGGGGAAUGAAUGAUACCAAUGUCGAGAAUUGCUCCAGAUUGAAGAGUACGUUAUCUUAUGCAUUAAGCUUGUUUAGCUUGUCCUUAUAAGACGUUGUUCAAGUCUAGGUUGAUCCUUUUCGCGCUUUUCCUCACCCACAAGCAGUGAACGCAGCAUCUCAGACAUCUACGAUAGUGGC